UUCGCAUCCCGGUCAACAUGAUAUUUCACUUGAUCAACAUUGGCAAACCUGCUUUCCACUACAGCUGUGACUGCAGUCCUGAGGUGGCUAGUAACAAUCAGCUGUCUAUCAGUGUUGUCAACCAAACUGGUCUGGUCAGCUCACAGUCUAAACAGCUGAUCAAUGUUGUUGUCACCCCACUCGCAAGGACUGUCUUCUCUAGAGUAAAACUGGAAUUUGUGAUUAGUAAAGGUCCAAAAUUCACAAUAUAUCUGAGUGGUACUGCAGCCCAACCUCAAUUCAAGUUUUCAAAAACAAAACAUGACUUUGGUGCUUGUUUCGUUUUGCCACCUGGUACGGAAGCAUACAAAACAGACUUGGUGUUUACGAAUACUGAUGAAAAACCUCUUUUGAUUGAGGCAGAGUUUGACCCAAAGCCCCACUUAAAGAUUGGACUUGGACAGACUGUUGUGGACCCAAGGUCCGAGGUUCGUAUUCCUGUCACGUUCCUUCCCCAGGACUGCCAACCGUAUGAGGAGACUUUGAGCUUCUUGGUUGAUGGCAGCUACCACCACCAGGUCAACAUCAGUGGCAGGGGAGUAGACCUCAACGUGAUGCUAGUGAAGCCAGAGGAUAAGCUGAUACAGCUAGAGGGUGUACUGGUAGGUAAAGUGAAGCAAAGGACUGUAGAGAUUGUGAACAACAGUGAGGCUAGUGUCACAGCCUCCUUUGCUUUAGAGCCACCAUUGUCUUCAAUCUGCCUCAGUCCUAGUGAACCUGUCGCCCUGAGGUGUCACCAGGGUGCAGCACUGAGACUCACCUUCACACCCGACAGUGUGGUCAAGGGGUUGCGGCAGGAGCUAGUUUUGAACUGCAGAGGUGUGAGGAAGGUGAUGUCUCUAGUACAAGCCAGUUCUGUGGGGGUCAGUGUUAAGAUUGACAGGGACUACUUACCCUUCGGCAGUGUUGUCAUCGGAAACUCUCCGACCAGUAAACUGUUGCUAUCCAACAACGGUGACUUGGCUGUCAAGUUUUCUUGGCAAGUUAGUGACUCAGUGUUCUCAAUAUCUCCAAGUGAAGGGUUCCUUGCGGCAGGCACUGAUGUUGUUCUUACUGUCAAGUUUUCACCGCAAAAGAUUCAACUGAUUGAACAUGCCAAGGCGGUUUGCACCCUGACCAGUGGUCAUCAGCUGAUCAUCACACUGUCUGGUGGUUGUGUAGAACUUCCUCCUCCCUCCAUGACCAUCCCUCUGUCCUGCCCUGUGCGAACAACAACGGCAACGCACAUUCCUGUGUUCAACAAAUUUGGCCAAGAGGUAAAGUUGACAGCCAACAUCAGUGGUGAAUGUUUCUCAGGUGACUGUGCUGUGAUGAUCCCUCCCUACGGCACACAUAUGUUUGAGAUCACCUACUCUCCUUUGACCAUGACCUCCCGAGCUCAACCUCACAAGGGCACUGCCAUAUUCUACUGUGUUGACGGGACCUGUUUAGUCUACAGCCUGGAGGGGACAGCCACAGAACCUGUAAGAUCAGACAGAUUGGUGACUCAGUUGGAAACACACACAGAACACACACUGCUGGUACCUGUACACAACUGGCUACAGACCCCUCAGAAGUUCCGUGUAAGCCACGAACUCUUGUCAUCCACACUGAGCCGUCCAACCUACCAGCUGAUUUAUAACGAGCUGUUCAUGGUGUCAGGCUCUCACACGAGAGAUAUGACUCUCAAGUUUGUAUGCCACUUCCCUGGCUCAGUUGUUUUCAAGGUGAUGUUGACUAACGAGUUAUCGGGUGACUACCAGUGGUAUGAAGUGGUGUUUGACAUCACCCCCUGUCCUCCUCUGACACACAUCUGUCUAGACACCCAUGUGAGACAGGAGACGCUACAUGAGGUGAUGUUCUACAACCCCCUGGACCAUCCUGUGACUGUCAGCUGUGAGGUUGAUGCGCCGGGACUGUCAGUCAUCAACACUCCGCUGGAAGUUCAGUCGCUGCAACAGGGGAAGAUGAAGCUGAGAUAUUUCCCUCUGUGGCCAUGUGAUCACUCAACAUUCCCUCUAGAGCUGGGUUGUAGUGAGCUGGGGAGUUACCCUCACACAGUGACAGUGUCUGCCACUCCUGCUGAGCCUGCAGCUCCUGUGUGUGUCAGGUGUAGUCUGGGACUGUCGGUCACCACUCAGCUAACACUCAACAACCCUACUGACACACAGGCCACCUUCCAGUGCAAGAGUUCACACCCAGAUGUAACAGUGGCUGCCUCAGUUGUGGUGGGUCCUGGUGAGUCUAGGCCACUGCAGGUUGUGUUCCAACCUUCCUCCCUCUGUGAAGUGGCCUGUGACAUAGUUGCCACAUCACUCCAGGCUGGGGAAUAUGUAUUCCAAGUGAUAGGAGUGGUGAGCUAUCCAGAACCGACGGGACCGUACAUACUAAAACCAGGUUCAUCCAGAGUUGUCUCCUUCAAAAACGUUUUCAGGGAAGACAAGACCUUUGUACUGUCUAUUGAUAAUCAAGCCUUUUCUGUGAAAGCAAAAAGAAUUGUCUUGAAACCGAGUGAGGUAGCUAAAAUUGAGAUAAAAAUGCUGCAGAUUGGUGAAAAGGAAUUCCCACUUUACCCAGUUACAGGGAAAAUGUCUGUGUUUUCUGAAGACAACUCUCUUGCACACAUCAAAUGGGUGUUUUACCUCCAUGGAGAAUUGAUUUAA